AGAGGAGUCAGAGGAGGAGGAGGAAGCUGGGAGGUGUGUGCUCUGCUGCUGCUGCUGGUGAAAAUCCACUCCAGACAGAUGCACUUCCCUCACUCCAGCACAGCCAAGAGACUGCUUUGAAACUUCCAGCAUUCAACUUUUCUUCCUGUGUCUAUGCUGACUUCAUCAGAUAGGAAGUAGUGCUCUAGUCCUCCACCAGUUCAUCCAUUUGUUUCAGAAACGAAUCCCUUUCAUGUCUCCUUAAAGACUUCAAAGUCUGGUGACUCAGGAUAGACGACUCAGCAUCUGCAGGUCAGAUGUUGCAUGCUGUGAGUUAUUUGUACAGCUAGAGAUUUGGAUCUGUUUCUGGAGCACGUCUGGUUCGUUUCAUUACGGUUAGCAUUGUGCUGUCAUUGGAGAAAUGAAGGUUGAGGUGCUGGUCUUGUGGGUCGUUCUGACCCUCUGCUGUACCCUGGUCUGUGCUCAAAAAGAUGCAAAAGAGAACAAACUCACUGGAGUUCAGGCAAAAGAACCUGAAGCACUGGUAAAGGAAAGAAGACAAGGAGAGGAAGUGGGUGUUGAAAUGUUAGACAAGCCGGCUGAAGUGGUGGAUGAGGAAAAGGCAAAACCAAAGAAGAAGAAAACACCUGAGGAGAUUGAAGCAGCUAGGGCAAAGAAGGCAGCAGAGAGAGAGGCCAAAGCAAAGAAGCAGAAAGCCCCUAAACCCACCAAAAAGCCCAAACCCCCAAAACCCACGAAGAAACCCAAACCACCCAAACCCACAAAGAAGCCGAAGGUGCCCAAACCCACCAAGACGCCAAAGACGACGACCACAGUGGGCCCAGAUAUCAAGCAGCCUUCUCUGGAGGAGGAGGAGGAGGAGAAGAGACUGCUGAUUGAGCUGGGCUGGGAUACAUUGAUUCAACCUGUGACCCCAAAGGAGCGUAGAAUGGAAGAGCCUGUUGAACCAGACCUGGAUAAGGUGCCUGGCAGAUACCCUGAUACCAAGAAAGAAAUCACAACUACUGAGGUCAUUGUAUACAUACCAGAGGAAAUCACCACCAUUCCAUACAUUGGUCCCUGGUAUGAAGAAUAUGACUACACUGAUCUAGCAGCUAAAAAACAAGAAGAGGAGGAGGAGAGAGCUCAAAAAGAAAAGGCAGAAAAAGCUGAAAGGCUGAGGAAAAAGUGGGAGGAGGAGGAAGAGGAGAGACUCAAGCAGAUUUCAGUGCCAGCUGAACCAAAAAAGUGUCCUCCUCUGGGCUUGGAGUCUCACAGAGUGGAAGAUGAUCAGCUGUUGGCUUCCUCUCAGUCUCAUCAUGGGUUUUCAGCUCAGAGGGGGCGCCUCAACAUGCAGGGCUCUGAUAAUGAUGAAGACCUGUAUGGCGGUGCCUGGUGUGCAGAGCCAGAAGAGCAAAAUCACUGGUUUCAAGUUGAUGCCCACCGGGAGGUGGAAUUCACAGGGGUCAUCACCCAGGGAAGAAAUUCUGAGCAACAUGAGGAUUUUGUGUCAUCCUACUUUGUGGCCUUUAGCAAUGACAGCAGUGACUGGACUGUACUGCACGAUGGCUAUGCUGAAUGGUUGUUCUAUGGGAAUGUGGAUAAGGAAACACCAGUGAUGAGUCAGUUUGCUACACCAGUGGUGGCACGUUACAUCCGCAUUCUGCCUCAGAGCUGGAAUGGCAGCCUAUGUCUCAGAGCUGAGAUCCUGGCUUGUCAGCUACCCAGGAGCUACGACAGUGAGAAUGAAGUCAACCCAUCUGAUGACCUGGACUUCAGACACCACAACUACAAGGAGAUGAGACAGAUGAUGAAGAUAAUAAAUGAGGAAUGUCCCAACAUCACCAGGAUCUACAACAUUGGGAAAAGCUCCCAGGGCCUGAAAAUGUAUGCCAUGGAAAUCUCUGAUAACCCUGGGGAGCAUGAGACAGGUGAACCAGAAUUUCGUUACACAGCUGGUCUCCAUGGUAAUGAGGCACUGGGACGGGAGCUUCUCCUCCUGCUGAUGCAGUUUCUAUGUAAAGAGUACAAUGAUGAAAACCCGAGAGUGCGUCGCCUGGUGGAUGGUGUGAGAAUACAUCUGGUGCCCUCACUGAACCCUGAUGCUUACGAGCUGGCCUACGAGAUGGGAUCAGAGAUGGGGAACUGGGCACUGGGCCACUGGACUGAAGAAGGUUAUGACAUCUUCCAGAAUUUCCCAGAUCUAAACAGCAUCUUGUGGGGAGCUGAAGACAGAGGCUGGGUGCCACGUAUAGUGCCUAAUCACCACAUCCCCCUUCCAGAAAAUGUUUUCAAUAGCUCUCUUGCAGUUGAGACAAAAGCUAUCAUUUCCUGGAUGGUGCGCAACCCUUUUGUUCUGGGAGCUAAUUUGCAAGGAGGAGAAAAACUGGUCACAUACCCUUUUGACAUGCAGCGCCCACCAAGUUCUCUAACUGAUAGUCGCCGUUGGAGAAAUAAUGCAGAAAUGAAUGAGGAGACCUGGGCUCGUAUUCAGCGGCAAAAUGAAGGUGCUCUGAGGGAGACGCCCGAUGACGCCAUGUUUCGGUGGUUGGCGAUGUCAUAUGCCCACAGCCAUCUCACCAUGACGGAAACCUACCGAGGCUCCUGCCAUGGUGAUGAUGUCACUGGAGGACAGGGCAUCUCUAACAGAGCCAGCUGGAAGCCAGUGGUGGGCAGUAUGAAUGACUUCAGUUACCUGCACACCAACUGCUUCGAGCUCUCCAUCUUCUUGGGCUGUGACAAGUUUCCCCAUGAGAGUGAACUGCCUCUUGAGUGGGAGAACAACCGUGAGGCUUUGCUAUCCUUCAUUGAACAAGUACAUCGAGGAAUAAAGGGUAUUGUGAGAGAUGUAGAUGGAAAUCCACUGCCUAAUGCCACUGUAUCUGUGGAAGGAGUACGGCAUGAUGUUAAAACUGCUGUGGGUGGGGAUUACUGGCGACUGCUGAAUCCUGGAGAGUACAGGGUAACGGCCAAAGCUGAUGGCUACACCCCUCAGACACGGCUCUGCAUGGUGGGCUACGACUCUGGAGCCACACCCUGCAGUUUCACCUUAGUCAAAUCCAACUGGGACCGCAUCAAGCAAAUCAUGGCGCUCCAUGGCAAAAGGCCCAUUCGGCUCAUCACCAAAACGAAUGUAGUCAAAACAACUGCAGCCAGCACUGUGGCAGCCCCCAGCAUCGACACAGAGACUGAAAACACUCACGACCCAGCACGACUUAGACGGCUCCGGCUCAUGCGUUUACGCAGGCUGCGUUUGCAGAGGUUACGAGCCAAUCUUAGAACCACCCCUGUGACAACAACGACAUCAACCAUCACCACCACAACAACAACCACUACCACACUACCACCUGAAACCGAGAGAACAACCUCCUGGUAUGACGCUUGGUUUCCUGUGGAUGAAUGGUCCACUGAGAACCCGUUCGAUAGCGUUGUCUUUGACUCAGUGCCCACACAAGACUAUCCUUUUGAAUACACUAUAGACUGAUUACUGCACGCACAAACCCAGAUCUAUCUUAUAGAAAGUUCAUGCUAACCAAAUUUGCUGCAAGAUCACAGCUUUAAAACUUAAAAACACUUUUAAUUAUUUAGCUUCCCCAAAAUUAUGACUUAUUGGCAGCAUUGUAUAUUGAGGGUUACAGCCUGAGGAACAAAUAUUUCUUGGAGAGAAGUAAUGAGGAAAUGGAAGUCUCUGCUGAGCAAAGACUACACAGUACACAUUUAGUUAGCUCUAUGUUAAUAAAUGAAACACACAUGAAAAAUAAUACUAGACUAGGUCUGUCUUCAUGUUUGUUUAAUGGCUUCACAGAGUAAUUUCUGGCUUCAGUUAAACUGAUUUAUUGUACUGCUGAAUGCAUUGGAUUAAAAUGAAGUUAUUUUCUAAA